AUGCAAAUUCGAGUGAAAUGCAAUUGCGCCGAAAACAACUGCCCCGAAUGGGCAAUCGUGGAAUUGCAAGGUGUCAUCGAACCCCAAUCGGCCUUCAAAGAUUGCCUCCAAAACCUCGAAAUCGGCCAACUUUGCCGCCCUCCCUCUCAUGAGACGUACACUUUCACCGAUGGGUAUCACAAAUUGACGGAAUCCAAAGUGACUUCGAAGAAACCAAUGGUGAUUUUGAAGAAAACAAGGCAAUCCAGCGUAGAGAGCAAUGACGGUGAGUCGUCAACGAACGUGGCAUUGGAAGUGGUUGGCAUCAUUCAACACCGUAUUUUGUUCAAGACCAGGCCCAAGGCGCUAAUUUCUAGUAAGAUUCAAUUUGGUUUCUCUCAAAUGAUUGAUUGCAUAACAUUGUGUUGUAAUUGGUCAACAUUAAGAAAUGUUUUCAGGUACAGAAAAUUUGACUGUUGGUGGUUGUUUUGA